AUGAUCCCCAGAGGCUGCCUGCACUGCGCCAUCGACGGCCGCCGCAGUCUGCUCCAUAAGCCGCGUCUCGAGCGAUUGCCAAAUGGUCUCGACAAUCGCAAGAUAAUCGCGCCACGCCCACCCAUCGAGAGACAACUGCCUGCGCGGCCGCGCUACUUCGAUCAAUCGUUGGCUUUGAAAAACGAACUCGACAGGCGGCUGUUUACGGGAGGCGCGUUCGUCAAAAAAGAAGAUCGGUCUCCGCAAAUAUUUCCUUUGCAUUCGGGCACGUCGGCGUCGGGUGAGUUGACUUUUGAAACAUUGAGUACCUUCGAUCACCUCAGGCACCUCGGGCACCAGAAACUAGCACCGCCCACUGCGCUGAUUCGCAAUCUUAACUAA